CUUAGUGUUUAUUGAUAAAUGCAUCAUAUUGAUAUUUAGAGGUGUUAUGUCGGAUGUUGGAUUUCUAUUAACGCUCUAUUAACGCUCUAUCACAAUUACUACUAGUGCAUAUUCAAGACUGCGAGGAGUACGAGGUUGUUGCAGCUACUUGUUGGAACUUGCGAGAGGUCAGUUGCUAAUUUUUGUGAUAAAUUGUAAUUUUAUCUAUACAAUCCUCAGAGUGAAACAACAAGGAAUAGCGAAAUAGAGAGAAAACCCACACCCUUGCCAAUAUGAUGUCCGCAGAUGAGAGUGACGAAGAGUACCAGGAAGACGGCCUGGGCAAUCACCCACUUCAGUCACCUACUAAAGCUACCACCGGUGGCAUGUAUCGUAAAGUGCCAGGACAUGACACUAAACUAGGUACAUCUUCCAUGCCUGAUCCUCUCAGAAACACCAAACAAUCAUCACAUAAUGCAAGGCAGUUCUCUAUAGGCGAAGACAGCCCACAACCAGUCACAGACAAACAUUUAGACGAUUUAGACAUGUCCAGUAAUACUGAGUCACACGCUAUUUUGAACACAAAUCAAGACGAUGAGUACUUAAAAGUGGAGACAGGGAAUACACCAUCCAACGCACAAGCUGGGACAUCGAAAGGAAGUGCAGGUGUAGGGUUAGGCAGGCCUAAUGGUAGACUCUCAGACGAUGACAACUCUAUGACUAUGGCUGACCAAUUACAAGAAGCCGCAGAUACACACCUGAUCGGACAAGAUGGGAGUACAUCAGGGACUAGUGUAGACCCGACUGGCAGUAGGACGAGGCAGCUAUUGGAUGAUGUGAGAAACAGUUCGGUACGCAAACACGCCAUACAGCAGCGCUUGCGACAGUUGAGUGCUGAGCGUGGAGGUUGCCAUGUAAACGCUCAAGCGAAUGCGCAGGCACACACCACAGCAACAGGCAAUGGGGGAGAUGUAGGAACACAUGAUGUUGAUGAUGACAGGCCAGCAUCACAAACACAACCACGUACACAUUCACCCACACGUGUGGCUAAUGUGAGCGUAUCGGUGACCAACCCCACACAGGUGGGCGAGGGCAUGCGUGCGUAUAUGGCGUAUGACGUGCGGUCUAGGCACGGCACAGUACAUAGACGGUACAAUGACUUUGCAUGGCUGCACGCACAACUGAGAGAGAGUUGUCCUGGGGUUAUACUGCCUGCCCUCCCUGAUAAGCAACCACUGGGAAGGUUUGAUAGUGACUUCGUGGACAAGCGAUGUGUGAUGUUGGAUGCCUACUUAGGUAGGAUAGCAGCCCAUCCAGAUUUGGGCCGAGCCGGGGCGUACUUGGAAUUCUGCACUACGCUUAAAGCCUUACCCUCGCUGUCCUCAAGGUCGGAAAAGUUCGAAACGGUUCUCAAGGAGCAUAUCGGAAUGGCCGAUGCCCUCAGUUCAUUGUUUAGAAACAGAGCCCAGUUGAUUCGCAAGUGCAGCGACGCCCAGAAAGCCCUUGCUGUUCAGCGGCAGAACACAGCCCGGAGUGCCACAGCAAGCAUUGAGGACCCAGGGGCAGCCGAGAAUUCUUUGGAUGAAGCCGAGAAAAAAGCUGUCAAUCUCAAACAAGAGUUGGCACAUCUAUCGACUACAAUUAAGAGAGAAGCUGUGCAUCUUGACGACGAGCGCGCGACUGAUUUGAGCUUGGGUAUGCUGGCUUACGCACGAAUGCGAGUGGAGAUACAACGUCAGAUAGUCGAUGCCUGGGCUAAGUGUAAAGCCGCAGUCCUUGAAGCAGAGACGGCAACUCCUGAGACACCAUCACCUACACCGCUAACAUCAUAACAAUGAUCUGUGAAUGUAAAUAAAUAUGCAUGACCCG